AUGGCGUCGAAGGAAACAGUUUUGUCUUAUAUCGCGGAGUUUUUUUCGAGAGAAAAGGACCUUCAAAAGCUUUCAGCAGUGUUGAAGAAAGAGGCAAACUCGAAAGAUAUAAAACUAGGCAAAGUCAAAGGUAGGUUAGAAGACAUAAUACAAAGCGAGAAUGUUCAAAGAGCAUCAGAUGAUAAGGGUGGCAUAGCACUUACUGAGGUCUCGUUGAAGUCUCGAGCAGCAGAUGUAUCAGAUUCAAGCUUAGAUGGCAGCACAAGUCCAAAUUCUCUGGAUUAUAUGUCAGCAAAAUCCCGUUCCAAUUCCGCAUCAGCAGAAGAAUCAAGGAUUUCAGAAAAGUCGAGCUCUAGUUCAGACUCAGAGUCCAGUUCUAGUUCAGACUCAGAUUCUAGUUCUAGUUCUAGUUCAGACUCAGAGUCUGGUUCAAGUUCAGAUUCCAGCUCAGGUUCAGAUUCCAGCUCAGGUUCAGAUUCAGACUCAGACUCGGACUCAAAUUCAGAUUCAGACUCAAAAUCAAAGGUAGUUGAGGACAAAAGUUCAAGCUCCGACUCUGAUUCAUCUGAAUCAUCGGGAUCAGAUUCAGAUUCAGACUCAGACUCAGACUCAGACUCAGAUUCAGACUCAGAAUCAAAGGUAGUUGAGGACAAAAGUUCAAGUUCCGACUCCGAAUCAUCUGAAUCAUCGGGUUCAGAUUCAGAUUCAGGUAGUUCAAGUUCAAGUUCAAGUUCAAGCUCAAGUUCAGACUCAGACUCUAGUUCAAGUUCAGACUCAGACUCUAGUUCGAGCUCCAGUUCGGACUCCGAUUCAGAUUCAGAUUCAGAUUCAGAUUCAGACUCUGACUCUGAAAAGAAUGUACCUGUGGACACAACCCAAGCGGGUAGUUCGAGCUCCGACUCUGGUUCAGAUGAAUCAUCAGACUCGGAUUCAGAAUCAGCUUCGAAAUCUGAUUCAAGCUCCUCUGAUUCUAACUCAUCCGAAUCCAGUCUGUCAGAAUCAGAUUCUGAAAGUGAUUCAGACUCAGGAAACGCUACUUCUGAAUCUUCUGGUAGUGAAUCUGAAAACAAAUCGAAGAGAAAAUUAGAACAAAGUGAACUCCCGGUUAAAAAGCAGAAGAAGGAACCAUGUUCUUCUCAAACUGAAUCGUUUUCCUCAUCCUCAUCUCCGGUACCCACUCAACAAGAUACCGAACUUAAGCCAGGCGAAAGAAAACACUUUUCAAGAAUUGAUAAAUCUCUGAUUGUUUUCCACGAUGCUGAAUUGAAGGACAAUACUUAUAAGGGAGCUGCUGGCACUUGGGGAACCAUAGCUAACGAAAGACUACAACAAGUAAGAGGCAAAGAUUUCACCAAAAAUAAGAAUAAGAUGAAAAAGGGGUCGUACAAGGGUGGCUCAAUUACGUUAUCUUCUGGUUCUUACAAGUUUACUGACUAG